CCUAGACACACACCCCUUGACCCUCUAAGGAAUGCCCCUUGUCUUGCGAAGAUCGAUCCAUCCCUCUUGAUCUACUUUACUGUCCUCCCUCCAACUCUGUCACAUCUUCCUCUUUUUGUCUUCUUCCAACAACAAGCACAGACAACAAGCCAUCAUCAAUCCAUCUUUGCCAUCUCCUCCAUCUCUCACCCUUCCCACAUACCAACCGCAUUGACACCACCUGACUUCUUUUGCUGAAGCUACAGAGUCUCAACCCGACGUCAUCCCCUUCGGGCUCCGUUAACCUCGCCUAACUUUCAAAACUCAACUCCCAAACAAAUCACCAAGAUGACCCGUUCUCACAAGUACAACGACAAGGACCACGCCGGUUUGGCUGACGGCACUGCUGCUCCUGAGGAGCACCUCCCCCGUUACUUCGCCAAACAUGGCUACGCUGGCGAGGACCCCAAGAAGAUCAAGAAGAGCGGCGGCGGCAAGGGUAACUGGGGCAACCCUGGUGACGAGAUCCUUGAUGACCAGUUCAACCUGGCCAAUGCCCGCCGCCGAUCCAACUCGUCUGGCUAUGCCAACAACCUCUCGGACUUCAAGACCAAGUUCGACCUGAAUGAGGUCGAGCCCGUCUUUGAGGAGUCCAUCCACGGCCCUGCCGAGGAUGACCUGACCAAGACCGAAUCUGCCUCUACCAGCGGCGGCUCUGUCGAUGAUGCGACUUCUGCUAAGAGCGUCUAAGUCUCCCUCCUAGGAGGGGCUUGGACAUGAUGAGGGCUGUCUUGUUUUCACCCACAUACAUACACAUGUCGUUUCGAGCGCUGCGUAUGACACAGUCACUGCUGGUCUUAUUUGAAAACGAAAAGCGUGUUGUUUGGCCUGUCGCACUUGGCUGGCUGGCUUGUCUCGUGGAGAUGGUUGCUCGAUGGUCCUCUUGACAUCUGGCGGCGUCUCAGCCUCGAUUUGACUGACCCCCUCAUCGCACGAUGGUCGUGCCUUGCUCAACAGAUAGCACCUUCUGGUAGUCUUGUGCUCACCAGACUGUAAUAUUAUUUCUCUCCUUCCAGGUCGUACAACAAAUGAAUAUGAUGACUUCUUCUUCUGC